AUCGUUGCGCCUUGUCUUGUUGGUGGUAUUCUGCUUAUUUUUUUUUCUAAAUUACAGCAGAUAGAGCAAUAAACGAUACGAUGAAUAAACGCGUUAUAAAAUUUGCGCUCAAGCGAUGAGACUACUUAAGUGAGAAAAACAGAGCAACAUACAGCAUUUUUUUUAAUUUUUUUCUUUAAGCAUAUAUCUAUCGAUAUACGACGCAAUGAAGUUUUAUUAUAAUUUUGUAGAAGAUGCAUAAAUUUUUGGUUUAAUAUAUUAGUAGUGUCUGAUUUCUUCGAGCAAAUACUCGUUCAAAGGAAAGUCAAGUGAUGAGGAAAUCAGACAGCAUACAACCACACUUCAUAAUUAACUGCAGUAUACAUAGAUUUUCUGUUAUGCGAGCGCGGGCGUAGCUAGAAGUGAUUUGUCGUAGGUUAGUUCCCGUGAUUCAAAACCACGCUCUUGAUUUGCGAUUGAUGUCUGUUGCUGGUUGGCUGUCGACUAUUUUUGGAUGGGCACGUGCUUAAUUUGUGUUGACUCAUGCGGAGGCCGAAAUAAAUCUCAUUAUUUUAGCAUUGAAUAUGAGCAGUUUGCACGCGACACCGCAAUUACACUGUCGUUCAAAUAAAUUACACUAUGGAACAGCGAUUUCUGAUGCAGUGCGUUGCCGCGGGGGUAGAGACAAUGUUAUCAAGUGUCACAAUGAAAAAUGCGCGAUGAAACAAGUGGCAGUCCAUAUCCCAGGCAAACAGACAGGAAACAACUGGUUUCAUUAACAAAUUCAACGAUCAUUUCGAACGGUCAUGAUGGCGUCUCUGAUGCACUCCACGAUGUAAAAUACCUGGUGAUCACGUUUUUCUAUGUGUUAGUGCGGUUGUCAUUUUAUUUUGGAAUAACAGAGAGACGCGAAGAAGAAAAACAUAAACAACUGACGUUUCGGGAGUUGCUUUUAUGAAAAUAUUUAGAGUUGAUUCUGUUUGCGAAAAUAUUGACAGUGAAUUGCGGUGUUUUGUUCCGGGAUGUUUCAAUCGUUUUCAUCACCUGCAUUUGAAAUGCCACCCACAGCACAAUCACUCCAUUAUCCAUAAUAACUGUAAUAGAUACCACAGUGCAAUCCGCCAAAUCCUUCCUCCAACGAAAUGAACAGAAUCGGAUGUGUGUAAAAUUUUCUAUAUUUCGACGUUACCUUGCAAGCCCUUGAAGAAUAAAUGUCUAGAUUUUCAAUUAGUGCGAAAGAUUCGCCAGGCUGCGCGACAACUGGAGUAACUUAGAAGUGAAAUCCCGAUCUGAACUGGUCGUUUGUUUAUGUUUACAUGCUUGAAUCCCGGCGCGCCAUACUUAAUUUCGUGAGAAAAUUACCAACACAACCAAAACUGUCUUACUACGCCACCAGUGUAUUUUACGUCGUGGAUGCACUCGUUACCCCAUCAAAAGCAUCCAGUCCGUCAUUUGCUUUGUUUAGAUUUUUACGUUACAAAACAAUUUCAUGUUCUGACGGGUUUGCUUUUUAUCAAAUGUAAUUAGUUCGACUGAGAAGUCGAGAAUAGGUAGUUUUUUUCAUUCAAAAGAUUUUUCGCGAACACAGUUUGAAUGGUUUCGCAUUUAUCAUUGGGUUGUAAGCGAACCGAAUAUAAGAACUCUGACAUUGAAACUGAUAUCAAAUGAAUGGAUUGACUGUAAUCAGGAUAGAAACAAAGUUAGAUUUGGCAUCACUACGCUUAGUAAUUAAUAGAACAGAAAGUAAACAAAGAGAAACUGUCACUUGCUUUUUCGGCCUUUUGAAAAAUCAACCGAGAUAUCUGAUAACACCAACAAUGGAUAUGUUAGGUAAAAAUCGUUUAAUUUUCGGCUUUCAGUGUAGAUAGAUUGUCAGUGUCCGUCACCUGAACAUGUUUUUAGUUCAGCGGAUCAGCAUUAGCAAAGACAUCAUAUUAACAAGAUAUUCAGCUCUCACAUUUCCCGAACAAAUCAUUGGCAACAUCCUUUUUUGCGAGCAUGUCGCCCUCAGAAUGAGCAAGGAUGCUCCGCCAGCCUAUGGCUUCGUGCCGCCACCUUCGGCGCCACCGAGUUAUGCACAAGCAGUGGGAGGAGUUCCACCGGCCAGUCCAUAUACGGCCAACAUUCCACAGCCGACCGGUGCGUCCAUUAUCACAACGGUUGUCCCAGUUGGCCCGCAAACUACGCACAUGAUUUGCCCAAGCUGCCACGCUGAAAUUAACACACAAACGACCACUUCUCCCGGUUUGAUUGCUUACGUUUCCGGUUUCUUGAUCGCUCUUUUCGGUUGCUGGCUUGGAUGCUGUCUUAUCCCGUGCUGCAUCGAUGAGUGUAUGGAUGUGCAUCAUUCUUGUCCACACUGCAAUGCCUAUCUCGGACGACAUCGACGAUAAACGGAUUGGGCUUGCUCUGCUAUUCUGUUCAAAUCGCGCAAAUCUCUGCCACGAAUUCAACGCUACGAUGAUCAGAUUUGAUAUAUUUAUAAACGAAGAUAGGCAAAUAACUCGGCCACAUCUAACAAAAUCUGGCAGGCCGUGCCAUUACCAAGAAAACUCGAAAUUUUUAAUUUGCCAUCAGCCGUUACAAACCACAGAAUUAUUAGAUACCGGAAAAAACUAAUGUAAUGUGUUUGCUUGCUGACGUUUAUAUUAUCAUUUUUAUUUUAAGCCAAGUUUCUCACUUCUGAGCUUAGCACGCAGGACACAAAGAUUCACAUAACAUUUUAUUCGGGCCGAAAAAUAGGAGCAUGCAUAAUGGUAUUUUUACCAUUCCCGUUAUAAAAAAAACAGAGUGAUUUGAUUGAAUAUGCAUACUCAGGGGCAUGUUUUAGCUGUAAGGAUCAGGGGGCCCUAAACUUAUAGGAUGCUUUUUUUAAUCCAUGUUCAGCACAGAAUGCUUAUAAUUGAUGAAUCAAAUAACACUAUUACAUAUCUUGUUUGCUUUAAUUUCGAAAGUAUUAAAACAAAACGCCGCACAAACGAAAAAUGUUUUACCGUGAAGAAAUAUGCUAACAACGACAAAAACAAUUGCUCUGUUAAAUUUUUUUCACUAUAAUUCCAACUAAGUCAAAUCUACUAAUUAUAUAUCGAUGCCCGCCUAGAUUCCUUACAUCUGACCCAGUAUAUAUUGCAUAUUAUAGUUAUUGAAUUGUUCAGCUCGGUUAGAUCAUGAAAAUAAAUUAACGUUGUUUUUACACUGAUUCUGUGCGGUUCGAUUUUUCGGCUGAAUCGAACCAAGAUUCUUAUCGUAGAUGGUCUGGUCCUAUCAUUCAGGGUCUUCUUUGAGUCAUUUUUCCAGUCAUGAAUGUAUGGUAACUGUUCUGUUUUUUCAUAGUAUCUGUUCAUGUUCUAUUUGCUGACACACUCCCUUUUUCUAGAUAUAUUAGUAAUACAUGUAGACGUGAUGUUAUAACAUUUGCAACUGGUAAUAUUGAAUAAACCAAAAAUAAUUUUAAUGUA